AUGCCUUUGAAUCGCGACGACUUUGUGUUCUUCUGGAAGACCAAUGAGAUCCACGGUUGGGGAUCGCAAUGGUAUCCUAGUGCAUUCAGCGCAACAAUCCCUCUCUCCCCGGAAGGAGAGCAAGAGACGGUCACCUUUCCCUCGGCCGAGCACUGGAUGAUGGUCCAAAAAGCUAUACUCUUUUCUGAUUUCGAAAUCGCUCAUACAAUCCUCGAAGUUACCAGCGUCAGCUCGAGUGAUCUGGCCAACGUAAAGGCGCUCGGACGACAAGUGUCCAACUUUGAUGAGAAGAAGUGGGUGGAGAACCGGGAGAGGAUUGUGUUGGAAGGAAAUUUGCACAAGUUUAGGCAGAACGAGGAAUUGAAAGCGCUGUUGCUGGCGACGGGGGAGAAGAAGAUUGUGGAGGCCAGUCCGAGGGAUAGAAUCUGGGGGAUUGGGUUUGGAGAAAAGAACGCGCUGAAUGUAGUUGAUAGUUUCCCAAAUGUUGUCCGCAACAUCGUCUGCGUCUUCGAAGACGCCGCCUCUGUCGUAUGCCGAACUCGCAUCGCCAAUACAUCAAACCCGCCUUCAACAUCCACCUCAUCGUCUCCCGCAGUCAGCCCAGCCUCUGCAGCUCGAUCUCCUUCAUCGUCCACCGUCGCUACAUCCUCAACAGUCGCAAAACAUGCUACUGCUCCUUCAUCACCCCUUCCAUCCACUACGCCCUCAUCGGCUGCCGCCGGUGGCCAGCCCAAUGGCGUACCUCGACCCUCGAUAGACUCUCCGUCAAAGCAGCCAUCUGCGCAGACCACUCAAUCGGCCACACCUAAACCACCCGUUACUAAUUUCUGGAAUGCACGCAAGGAACAGAUGGCUGCAGCAUCUCGCUCAGCUGCUGUUCAGUCAUCAUUCGCUUCCGCAUCAUCGAACACCCCUGGCCCAGCUAAAUCGUCCCCUGUGAUCAAUCCUGACGCUCCCGUUUCGACCCAAACUUCAAGAGGUUCUCCAUCCGUCGAGGUCACGCCCUCAACGCGCUCAGAACAACCAGCUGCAUCAGGGGCAGAAGAUCCAUCCCACAGGCCUCCCGUGCCGCCUUCUAUAGACUCGGAAGCUUGGCCGGAAGUUGGAAAAUCAACACCAUCGGAUCAGCAGGAGAAUUCGUCCAAAGAGGCCAUCGCGAAGGAGACCAAGGAGGAGAUCAGUGCAGCGGGCAGAAGGGGGGAGAAGACCAAGUGGAUACCUAUCCCCGCUGAAGAACUACAAGCAGCAGCGGACGAAAUGCUAAAGAACUCACGGCCUCAGUCGAGAAAAAGCUCUCGUGGUCCCAAUCGCGUCAGCGGGGAUCAAGCGCGCUCGGGGCAACCUCAUACACGCAACAACUCUGGUCGAAACUCGGUUUCACAUUCAGCAGCACAGUCCCGUGUUCAGAGUCGAGCAGGCAGUCUUCAAUCCAGUCCUCGUUUACCCAGAGGGAGACGGCUCCCUCCAGAGGAUACUCUCAGCGUCAGGCCUAACGGAACACGUCCAUCGCGAUCGCCUCGCACAGGUUCCCCGUCCGCCAACCCGACAGGCCCGGUACCACCGACGGACGUUUAUAAUACCUAUCCUAUUUCCCCCAACUCCUCAUUACCGCCACACCCUUAUCCGAUGUACCCACCCCACCCUCACGUUCUUCCUCCCGGCCCCACGCACCUUCCUCCAGGUGUUCCAUACCCGCCCGGUUCUUCUCAAGACGGUUCUCCCUCGAUGCCACCCCACGCCAUUCCUCAACCAUAUCCUCCUGGUUAUGCGCCUUACCCCAUGUACCCCAUGUAUGGGCCGUAUGACAAUCCUCCACUGUAUUGGAAUGGCGUUCCUCCUCCGCGUUCAGGCCAACACAGUCCUCUCCCCGACCCAAAUUCCAUGCCAUUCUACCCGGCUGCAGCCCGGGUCAAUGGUCAAAGACCGGCAGAAGCUAAAUCACCGUCCAUGCCGACAAACACCGAUGCUCCAGUUCCUGUCGAGCCAUCUGCACAGCCGUCAACUGACUCGACUGCGACUGGAGAGAAGCCUGUCGUCUUCGGGACAAUCGAUAUGACGGUAACAGAGAUUGAAGUGGGUUCUGAAGAGACGCCUGGAACAGCUGAACCUCGCGUGGAAGCACUCGAAACGUCAUUCACUAGAAUCGCUAUUGGCGUUUCACCAGACGAAGCUGAUCGGCGGUCGCGGACGCGUUCGAACAAAGGUCGAAGCCGUUCCGAGAAGGACGGCACGGAGGAUUCCGCGGGCACGACUGUUUCAGGCAGUGAACUACCAUCCAGCAAGUGGGAGUUUGGCACGACAAGUAGUCUGACUCCCGCGACAAAUGGCGAAGAUGCCAAUAUCGCUGGUGCUCGAUUAUCACCCAUGUCAGGGUCUGUCUCACCAGCCCAGCUACCGCUCGACCCCGCUCUCCCUCCUACAGCGCCAGUUGUGACACAAUCUCUUGAUAGGCCGGCGGAUAUCGAAGCCGAUUUCAAAGUGAAGAACUUUGGGUAUGGUUUUGGACAACCUAGCGCUGUCGUCGCCCCGGGACCCACCCCUACCGAACCAAUGAGACUGGAACAGUUAGCACGAAUGUACGAAGGAUCCCGGUUACGCGGGUUCCCAGACGAACAUGCGCUUAUGCACCCCGAACAACAGCUCCCACAUCCGGCUCCAGCGUCACAAAACAAACGUCGCUCGUUUAACAGCGGUGAGCGAGGCGGACGACGCGGCGGAGGUGGAGGGCGUGGGUCAGGUGGAUUUGGACGAGGAGGUCGGUCGAAUAGAAGGGACAGCUUCCCGUCAGGCCAACAACCCCCUCGUCAGCAGGGGCAAGGGCAGCCCCUCAUCAGUAUUACACCGCCGCCAUUCCAGCCGCCACAUAUGAUGCACGUUGGUGCUGGUGAAGGCCCUAUUCCUGCUGGGUACUAUCCCCUGCCGCCGCGACCGCCGCACAUCCCCCCGUAUCUUCCCCUUCCCGGGUAUGAAGGGUUCGGGCUGCCGCCUCCUGGAGUUGGAGUGCCUCCUCCCCUUGGCGUAGCUCCUCAUCCACCCCCUGGUGCUCCUGCAGCUCCUGGUGCCCCCUCGGUUACUGCACCGGUACCCGUCCCUAUGACGACCCUCUCCUUCCCACUCGACCCGACGCGGUACUACCUCUUGGGACAGUUGGAGUAUUACCUCAGCCCGCAGAACAUGGCUCAAGAUUUCUUCUUACGACAACGAAUGGACUCGAGGGGUUGGAUCCACAUCCCUCUGAUCGCCUCCUUCAACCGCAUCCGAAGUCUCACAAUGGAUCUCAACCUCGUCCGUGAAGUGCUCCACUUGUCCCAGAUGGUCCAAGUCCGAGGCGACUGGGUACGAAUGGGAAGGUGGGAGAGGUUCGUCCUCCCUGAUGCUACGCCCAGUACCCUUGAGGAUUCGGACGGACUUCCUAUAGUUGGUGCAGAGACGGAGCAGAUUGAGAGGUCUAUUUCGCAGCAUCUGGCACAACAAAAGGAAAGGCAGGAGAGGGAGAAUGCAGCAGCGGCUGCUGGUGGUGCUGGCGCAACGGGGGUUGCGAAACACGGGCACCAGGAAGGAGAGGAAGACGAUGAAGAGGACGAUGUUGUAUUUGUAAUGGGUAAGGAUUCGUGA